AGAACAGCUCAGCUGUACGAUCCCAAUGUAAGAACAGCUCACCUAGAUCCAUCGAUAAGAACAGCUCACCUAGAUCCAUCUCUAAGAGAAGCUCAUCUCGAUCCAUCGAUAAGAGCCGCUCAUCUCGAUCCAUCCAUAAGAACAGCUCAUUUGGAUCCAACCGUAAGAGCCGCUCAGCUGCUCGACCCGUCAGUAAGAAUAGCCCAAUUGGAACCAGUCACAAGAAGUGCGCAGCUCGACCCGUCCAUCAGAACGACACAAUUGGAUCCAAACACAAGAAUCACACAACUCGAAACCACUCCACCACCACCACAUUUCCCCAUAUACCAUACUUCAUCAGUUUGA